UAUAUUGCAAUCUUGAACUGCGGGGCGAGCAGAGGCGGCCGAGUUGUAUGAAUCGAUUGACUCGUUUUCGAACUCAGCUCAACUCGUUCGAGUCACGACGGUUUCCCGUAACCGCCACCGUCAAAUCCCAUCUCCGGCGUCCCAAUCAUGCACUAACCUUUAAAACCCACCGCCAUUUUUCAACCCCAUUAAACCUCGGAAUUCUUUUCUCCGCAAACUCCGACCGCCCUCGUCGGCUUCCCCCUCUGCCCCAGGCGAUGGACCUGGUUUCUCCGGAAUCUGAUCCCCCUGCCGUGGAAGAUUUUGUUCACAUCGAGAACCCUAUUAUCGAGAGUUUGUGUGAGAGUAUUGUUAGUACUGCUGACGAACAGAUUAAUGACGCGGACUCUGUAAUUAUGCCGGAGGCCGAGGAGGGUUUGGCGGAGCAGAGGAGGGUCCUUCCGGAGGAGCUUUCUAGAAGCGUGAUGGUAUUGACGUGCGAGACCACUGAUGAAGGUGGCAUUUGUGACGUAUACCUAGUUGGAACAGCACAUGUUUCUCAAGAAUCGUGCAGAGAAGUUGAAGCUGUAAUCAGUUAUUUGAAACCUCAGGCUGUUUUCUUGGAAUUAUGCUCAAGCCGUGUGGCUGUCCUCACACCUCAGAAUUUGAAGGUACCAACUAUGGGAGAAAUGGUUGAAAUGUGGAAGAAAAAGCAUAACAUUUUUGGUAUACUUUACAGUUGGUUUCUUGCGAAGGUAGCCAACAAACUUGAAGUUUUUCCUGGUUCUGAGUUUCGUGUAGCCUAUGAAGAAGCAAUGAAGUAUGGUGGUAAGGUGAUUCUUGGUGAUCGUCCGGUACAGAUUACAAUACGGAGGGCAUGGGCGAAAAUGCCCCUUUGGCAUAAGAUAAAACUGCUUUACUCCUUUCUUUUCCAAGCAUUCUUUUUGCCUAGCCCCGAGGAACUAACCAAAAUGUUGAAGGAUAUGGAUGAUGUUGACAUGCUCACGCUCAUAAUUCAAGAAAUGAGCAAGGAAUUCCCCACAUUAAUGGACACCCUUGUGCACGAGCGAGAUCAGUACAUGUCAUCUACGUUACUGAGAGUAGCCAAGGAGCACCAUUCAGUUGUUGCAGUUGUGGGAAAAGGUCACCUUAGUGGAAUUAAGAAGAAUUGGCAGCAGCCUGUUACGCUCAAGGAUCUUCUGGAAAUGCCUGAGCAAAAACGAGUCCCCGUUGUGAAGAUUUUUACAUCCAUAGGUGUUGCAGUUGCUGGAGUUGCCAUCGUAUCGGGCAUCUACCUUGCUUGCAAAAAAUAGUCAUUGAAUUCACCUCCAAGAAGGGGACUUGGCCAAUGCCCACCUCAGCAAAGGAUGCUAUAAAUGAUCAACGAAUUUGCAGUUUAUACAAUUAAUUAUACCAUUGAAUGGUUCUGGACUUUUAGACGAGUCCUCGUUUGAGGUUUUGCUUUCACAGAAUAGUAAACACAGAUUUGCAAUAACAAAUCAAAUUUUUUUUUUCAUUA